CGGUAGCUAGAUGCGAGUGCGACCGACGCAGUCAUGCUAGAUUACGAGGAUCGGAUAAUUUUCGACUUGGUGGUGUUUGUUCCCGGCUUCCUCCUGAUAGCCUUGCGACUCUGGCACUGGUGAUCGGCGCUUCGGUCAUCUCUCUCGAUAUAUGGUACAUGCGGAGGAGGAUACGGCUGAGGAACUUCCCGCAAGCGGAGGAUCCUGCCGGUUUUCUGAUGGAGUCCAUAACGAUUACGGUGGAGUUUCUUAAAGUGUCUCUUUUCAACCAAUAUGCCUACAUCACAGCCUUGUGGGCGGUCAAGGCAUCAUUCCUUUGCAGCUAUUACACCAUGUCUCAGCAUCUCUCCUUACGGCUGAGGAGGGCCCUGAAUCUGACGUGGGUGGCACUGCUCUUGACAUGGCUGGGUCUUCUCUUUGGCUUCACCUUCUGGUGUCGACCCAUUCAGCGCAACUGGAGUAUGAACGAUAGCUUCUUCUGUUCGCCGCAAGCAAAGCCUGAGCAGGCCAUCUUGGUCUACAGCCUCCACAUUGGAACCGAUAUUCCAGUCAUGGCGAUCCCCUUCUUCAUAAUCCACACGCUCAAGCUCGGCCGCGGCGAGAAGUAUGCGGUGGCAUUCAUGUUCCUCCUUGGGUUCAUGACCGCCGUCUCCUCCACGUUCUCCUUCGUCCUGCACAUGCAGUUCAUCCAGCUGGACCACAAUCCGAACUCGCCGCGCGCCGCGCUCGAAGAGAAGCUCGAGGGGAUCUACCUCAGCGCGGUGGCCGAAGUGUGGGGCGCCGUGUUCGUCGUCUGCCUGCCCAGCACACGCAUCGCCAUCCGCUGGCUGUGCCAAUCCAAGAGCGACAAGAACCUGCCGCGCGACGACGGCACGAUCGAGCUGGGCGGGAGUAUACACCACCACGGGUUCGUUGCACACCCCCCUCCUGCUAGUGCACGACUGACGGGGAGACAGUGAUUUCUACACCUCCAAAGAACCCGUCGGCGAGCUCCCACCAUACGUCAACCGCAAACUCGACUUUGGCCGUAGCCGCAGCCGCAGUAGG